CGGUCUUUAUUUGCAGCUUAACGCAGCUUCCACUCGCGGCAGCAUCGAUGAGCUGGAAGCGUAUUGGUCUGUCUGCGGAAGACAGCUGAGCGCUACAAACAUCGAGUCACUGUUUGAACAUCCAGCUCCAACUUACAGAACACUGUCAGAUCCCAACACGUCCACAAAAUCCGCUCGCUUCACUUCCCGUCAUCUCAUCCGAAAUUACUUUUGCCAUCAUUAUCCUCAUUUACUCGCGCUGCUUCAGAUUGUCGGCUGAAAACAGGGGAACACGGACAGAUAGAAAGAAAACAUCCCCCAAACCAAACGGAGUCUGGUGAAAUGCUCGGCUGCCUGUUUUUUUAAGGAGGAGGGUGUCCAACGCUAAGCUGUAGUUUCUCUCCAAGAGGCGAGGAAUGCAAUCUGAGCAUCAAUGUUUCACUGGGGCAAGUGGAAGAAGAGGAUGGGAGCCAACAGUUCUUCAAAGAGACCAGUGUUCGACGAGAAGGAAGAUGUAAACUUUGACCACUUCCAGAUUUUGCGGGCGAUCGGAAAAGGGAGCUUCGGAAAGGUAUGCAUUGUGCAAAAGAGGGACACAGAGAAGAUGUACGCCAUGAAGUACAUGAACAAACAGCAGUGCAUAGAGAGAGAUGAGGUCCGAAACGUCUUUAGAGAGCUUGAGAUCCUACAGGAAAUUGAACAUGUAUUUUUAGUAAAUCUCUGGUACUCCUUCCAGGACGAGGAGGACAUGUUCAUGGUGGUCGACCUCCUGCUGGGAGGAGACCUGCGCUACCACCUGCAGCAGAACGUCCAGUUCAGCGAAGACGCCGUCAGGCUCUACCUGUGUGAGAUGACUCUGGCCCUGGACUACCUGCAGAGCCAGCACAUCAUCCACAGAGAUGUAAAGCCGGACAAUAUCCUUUUAGAUGAACAAGGUCACGCUCACCUGACAGAUUUCAACAUAGCGACCAUAAUAAAGGACGGAGAGAGAGCCACGGCGCUGGCUGGAACCAAGCCCUACAUGGCUCCAGAGAUCUUCCAGUCGUUUGUCAGCGGAGGCACAGGCUACGCUUUUGAAGUCGACUGGUGGUCGUUGGGGGUGACGGCCUUUGAGGUGCUGCGUGGAUGGCGGCCGUACGACAUCCAUGCCAGCAACUCUGUGGAGUCUUUGAUCCAGCUCUUCAGCACGGUGAGCGUCCAGUACAGCCCGGCCUGGCCCAAAGACCUGGUGGCACUGCUGAGGAAGCUGCUGACUGUGAACCCAGAGCAUCGGUUUUCCAGUCUGUCUGAUAUGCAGACGUCUCCGUACCUCGCCGCCGUCAACUGGGACGCCGUGUACGAGAAGAAGAUGGAACCUGGAUUCGUUCCUAAUAAAGGUCGGCUCCACUGCGACCCCACCUUUGAGCUGGAGGAGAUGAUCCUGGAGUCGCGACCCCUCCACAAGAAGAAGAAGAGGCUGGCUAAGAACCGCUCUCGAGACAACAGCAAGGAUUCACAGUCUGAGAACGACUACCUACAGGAGUGCCUUGAAGUGGUGCAGCAAGAGUUCAUGAUCUUCAACCGCGAGAGGUUGAAAAGGCGCCAGGAGGAGGGCCAGUCGGAGGCCGGGGGCGACGACGCCAGCGCCGACAGGGACGACAAGGCGGAAACUGGGGUCGCCGACGACAACACGCAGGAUCCGGACCCAGAGCCGGAGCCCGACCAGGAGCCGGAGUCCUCCUCCAAACUGAGCAUGUGCGGCUCUGUGUGCUCAUCCCCCGGCAGCUGCUAGCCCACACAGUGACGGAUCUGUCUGUGCCGUGCCAAUAGAUCCCCCCAUCACCUCUCUCCUCUGUCGCCGAGGAAACGCACACAGAGGAGGAGGCCGGGGGGGGCAAAAUGACCCAAAAUGGCUGCCCCAGUGUUCCGUCUCUUUUACUUUCCGUAGCAUCUUUCUGGUAAGGCAUGAAUGAAGCAGAUCCCCAGAGACUCUCUGUGCUCAUAGAGUAAGCUCUAACUUCUAUGCAAUGUAACAUUAUAGCAUGAUAAAUAAGGUUUUCACUCACUGGGAGGUGUUGAUCGUAACCACGGUGACAUCCUGAGCAACAGCGAUCCACAGCUUAAAGCUGCAGUAUGUAACUUUUAUUUAAAAAUAUGUUUUUCAUAUAUUUGUUAAAACUUUCACCAUGUUGUGAUGGCGUAACAUGAGACAGAUAAUCUGUGAAAAAAUCAGUCUCCUCCACCUCUUUCUUGAGCUACUUAUGCUGUCUG